UCAGAAGCUAGCAUAAAUGAAAAAAAAUCCAAAGGCUUCCUGGUUCAGUUUAUUAAAAAUUUUUAUUACAUGUUGACGAUUUUUACAUGCAAAAGGCGUUUUUUUGAUAACCAAACUGACGCUUUCUCAAUAUAAUCACCUGGCAACACUGUAUAGCAUGCAUCACAAAAUGAAUUUUUUUCUCGCAGUUUAUUAUCAAGUUGUGCACCUGACAACCAGAUGGUGCUGCUUGCCCUACUCUUAUGAAGGCUCGCAAUUCGCCCAAUCACAUAUGUCAAACGUUGAGCUAAUACCGUAUGUCAAAGUUUUGACACAGCAAUAACUUCCUGAAUGACUGAAAAUUUCAUUCUGGAUUUGGCACGUGGUAAGUUUGUUGUGAUUAUUAAAUUAUUAGUGUUGUUCAAUUCAUUCAUUUCAUUUUCAGAUUCGACAAUUAAGCGUGGCUGUUGCCGGUAUUCCACAUUGGUCAUUUCCGAGCAACAAUUUCAAUUUUUCAAACGAUUUGUAAAAGUCGUGGCAUUGGCGUAUUCGGUAAUGAUGAUUGAGGAAACUGGUAUACCUGCUGAUAUAUGGCGUUUCUACCUUGCUUGUGCGCGUCCCGAAGGACAAGAUUCUAGCUUUAGUUGGAAUGACUUAGCGGCGCGUAAUAAUUCCGACUUGCUAAACAAUCUGGGCAAUUUUGUAAAUCGUGCGUUAGUCUUUUGCGAAAAGAACUUUGAUGGCGUCACACAAGCCAUGACCCUAACCAAGGACGAACUCGUACUUUUGGCACUUAUAAAUCGUGAAGUCCGUGGCUAUGUAAACUCACUUGAAAAGGCCAAAUUACGUGAUGGCAUUCGACAUUUGCUUUCAAUUUCUCGCCAAGGCAAUGGUUAUAUGCAAGCGCAACAGCCGUGGGUGUUACUGAAAGGCAAUUAAAUGCCAAGCAAACUCAGCUGAUAAGCCCGCAUACGGAAAAAGCUACUGAAUCCGAACUGGUCAUAUUUGGCAAAAAAGGCCUUGCAUGGACAAAUUUUAACUAAGGCCAAGAAAAAAAAAGGCAACGGAAAAUAACCUCGUGUGGUGAUUCGCGUCUUGAUUGAGCCUGGUUUGGAGUAGAUUCCACGCUACCCGAUGGAUCAUUUGUCGCUUUUGGCUGAAUUGGCAUAUGGAGCAACUUGUGAUGUCUCGAAUGACAAGUGCUGCAGUUAAAUGAGAUUUUUCCAGGCCGCACCAAAGCCAUCGUUGGUUAAUGGGGAUCUCUGAACUAUUUCCUUGGCCUCCCCCUGAGUUUUUUGCCGGAGGUGAUACAGCUUCUCAACUGGGGUAAGGCGCUUAUUUAGAAUGUAUAUAGCCGUAAACAUAUCCCUAAACGGUGGCCACGAAAGAUAAUCUCCUUUAAAAAUGUCUGUGUCGCAAGGAGGGAGAUGAAUAUUAAGCUCGCGACCUGACUUGUAUUCGCUUUCCUUUUCAGUCUUUGCGAGUUGCUCUAAAAGAUCAGCCAUUGCUGCUUGGCACCGCAAAAAACUGAAGUAGGUGCUUUUAUACUUCUUUUUAAUUGCUGUCAGGUCUUUGGUUUCGAGCUCUUUUGAUGCCCAAAGUUCAUCAUAAGACCCUUUUACCUUUUCCCACAGAGCCUUUAAUUCAUCCUUUUGGAAAGUUAAGGAGUGCUUUGUGUGCUCUGAUGGCUGCAUAGAGUUGUAGUCAGAUUCGAAUUCUGUUACUGAAUCGGCCUGACGAAUAAAGGUGUCCAUUUUUGACCAAAGGCAACUGAAGUGGACGCAAGACAAAAGAUUUCUUUGUGUGAAUCGCCGCUUCGUAGAAAAAGAUUGCCACUAAAAACGCUUAGCCCGAAAUAAGUCUAAUUCUUAUAAGAACAACAAAGGAUAACUUGUGUAUUUAAAAUAACGAUUUAUUUAUUUUCCAGCCAAAUAAGACUGUCGAAUACGUAAUUACGUAUGUGUAUGUGCGUAUAUGCAAAAAUGUGCAAGUCACUCGCCACCCAACUUAUCAAAUAUGUGAUAUACGUGUGUAAAUAAUUGAUAUUCAAAAUAUGCAGUUUAUUUUAAAAAUUUCUUAUGAAGAAAUUGUGUUUGUUUAAGCGCGGCUGUGAUUUUAUGCAACCAACAAAUAAAUGGGGGAAACAACCCAGUGAAGUGAUCAGCAAUAUGUACAAGCGCGCCACUAAUAAUAGACAAGUGCAAUGUGAAAAGAAUCCAAAGGAGUUUCGCAAAAUCUACUUGAAGUUACGCGAUUAAUAAAAUGCAAAUAAAAGUGAAAGCCAGUAAAAUGAGAAAAUACUAAAUUCUGUGCUUUGCAAGAAAGGGAUAAAUUUUAUCAAUCUUGUGCUUCGGUAAAUGCGACUGGUAUUUUUACACAAACAACACCGUAUCACGAAUCAAAAUGGACGUUCGCGCAAUUCGUUAAUGUUAGCCGGUACCCCACUAAAACGUGAAAAGUGUUCUAAUUUUUAUUUAAAAAAAAAUAAUAAGCACUGAGUGUUUUCUCUUCUUUUUUGCUUUACACAAUAAU